GAUUUACGAUGUUAGUAUUUUUUUACGUAUGGAAAACAAAAUGGAGUGAUAUACAAAAAGCAAUUUUUGUCUAUUGUAAUAUUAGAACUUAUUACAAUAUAGACAAAAAAUGCUUUAUUAUUUCGAUUUUAUUAAACCGGAAAAUGUUAUGUUGACUUUGAAUUUUAGUUUCACAUUGUUUACAAAUGGCUGAAUGUUUUGGGAAGCGGGCUGGGUUUAGUAAAUACUGACCAAAUUAACGCGUUAAGAUGGGGAAAGAGCUUGGUCCUUUGGCAAAGCAUCAAAAGGAGGUUGAUGGACAAAAGAAACUGAUUGAAAAACAAGUAAAGGACAGUACAAAGUUGUUAGGAAAUUCUAAAUUGAAAAAUAAUGAAGAAAAACUUAAAGAGCAGUUUAAAGGGUGUUAUGAAACAAAAGUAAAAGUAGAGGAAUUUCUGGAGGCAGCCAAUGAAUUAGAUGAAGCAAAUGAACCUUCAAAAGUCAAAGGUUUCGAUAACAAAAAGAAAGCUGAGAUAACAAGACUUGAGAAAUGGCAGACACAGCUAGAUACACAGAUGAAGAAACUUUUACCCGAUGAAAAAGGAGAGGAGUACCUCAAAGAAUUGAAGGGUGAAGAUGAGGAUGAAGAUGAUGAAGAGGAAGGAGAAGAGGAAGAGGAGAGUGAGGAAGAGGGUGAAGAGGAAGAGGGUGAAGAAGAGGAGGAGGAGGAAGAAAGUGAAAAACAAGAUUCAAAGGAAAAGAAAGAGGAACGAACAGAAACAGAGGGAAAGAAAAAGAUAGAAGAGGAGGAAGAAGAAGGUGAGGAGGAGGAGGAGGAAGAGGAGGAGGAAGAAGAAGAAGAUACCAUGAAAACAGAGAGUAAACCUAAAGCCAAGGCAAAAAAGGUGGAGGAGGAAGAGGAUGAAGAAGAGGAGGAGGAAGAUGAAGAGGGGGAAGAGGAGGAGGAAGAUGGAAGUGAAGAAGAGGAAGAUGAAGAGGAAGAUGAUGAAGAAACAAAGAAAAAGGAAAUGGAGAAUGAAAUGGAUUUAACAACUGUUGAAGGCCUGCAGUUUGAGGGACUGUAUGAUUAUGAAGGAAGAGAAGAAGGGGAUCUAUCCUUCAAAGAGGGAGAGAUUUUAACCAUUAUCAACACAAGAGAGGAUGGCUGGUGGGAAGCAGAGAAUAAAGAUGGCAAAAGAGGAACUGUACCGAAAACAUUCUUAAAGAUGCACAAUAAAUAUAAACACGUACAGAAGGAUGACGAAGAGGAAGAUGAAAAGGAGGAGGAGGAGGAGGAAGAUGAAGAGAAAACAGAAACCAAGAGCAGCCCCAGGAAAGGAUGGGGAAGCAUUAAGAAAGCUUUAGGAGAGCUUGACCGUGAGUUAACCAGUGUAAGCGAUGUUCUUCAUGCGUUAGGAGCUGUACCUUCCGGAUUCAGACCUUCAACACUGGGACCAAAGUUCUUCAAAGAUGAGAAGUUUACCAUGACCAGUUACCUGGCACCAAAGUUAAGUGAUUCCAAUCUGUCGUACCGGGACCUCUUUUACAUUCCCAAAGAAAACAAGUUGAGGCCAUUUUCCACAAAGAUGGACAGAAUUAUCUUGAUUCAGGGAUGUAAGCAGAUUCCGUUACCAGGAAAAGGAAUAGACAUUGUUGGUCGUCAUAUCAGAAUGUGUCUUUUUGACGGUCAGAAUAUGUUGAGUAACAUUCACACAGUGAAGGUGGCAUCAGUGGACAGAGAGCAGAAAACCUGGUCGUUCUCCUCAAAGAUCAGUGAUACAAUGGACCCUUACCUCCACGCAGAAGUGUUCAUGAGGUCCAAUAACACAUUCAGCUCCACGGUUGGAAUUCUGUUUGAGCUGUGUGCUUCAUAUUGCAAAUCUUGUGAUCAAAAUGAUGUGAAGGAAAAGUCUAAAACAAAGGAGUAUGGGGAAUUUAGCUGUGGAUGGGUUCAUCUGCCUUUAGUUGAAGAAAAUGGAGGAGUGAUAGCAAACAGAACUUUUGACCUCUACGUCAAUGGAGGGACUCCUUACGAGAAAGGAGUGGAAGUGGACCCCAGCAUCAGCAGGAGAACUACCAGCAGUUCGUUUAUGUCAAUGCUGUCUGGUAACAAACAACCUCGUCUGAAUGUCAAGGUCAUGAUGGCAAAAGCAGAACAGAAAACAUAUUUAGACAACCUCCCGGAAGUGUUGAUAGGGAAUGUUGCUUUCCUUCCUUUGUACUCGUACUACAGACAAAUCUUAGCAGAUGAGCUUCUUCGGAAUCGUCUGGACUAUGACUCAACAGAACUACUGCACAGCCCCGUUUUAGCUAGUUUUCCUAAGGCAGCUGAUCAAUAUGACCUGAUGAAGGUCUUGAGAGACACCUACAUAUCAAAAUCUAAGACGGUGAAACGAGUGGAGAUGAGAGACAGUGAGUUUAUGAAGAAUUUCUUCAAGGACUGUGUGUUAGAGAGUAUCUAUCCACUGAUGAAUGAUCUGAACCUGAAACCUUACAAAACUGGAAAUGUUCAAAUCGAAGAGGAGAGACUUGAAGAAAUUAACAGUUUCCUGACAAAAAAGAUAGAAAGAAAGGGAAUUCUAGCUUUGCUGUUGUCCUCUGAGAUUGGGUUCUCUCCCUUGGACAUACAAGAGGUCGCCUUCAAUGUAAUUGGACCGCAUUGCUUGGUUGCUGACACACAGGUUGUUGUAAGUGGAUGAAAAGGUAUCAAAAGACUUUAAUAAAGCUUUGACUGAUCUGACUGUGAUAGGACAUCUCAAACCAAAUAUCAGGACAUUUAUUGGUUGUAGUUCUGAAUAGAGAGAGAUUUAUUCCGUCCAGCAUUGCUUAUUAGUGUUGCAAUAGAAGGGCAUAGUACUAACAGAGAGCCUCGGAUAAGUUCAUGCCUGAGAUACAUUGACAAUAACUGGACUAUACGGCCAAUACAUGUAUUAUCAGAUACUAAGAUGUUACACUCAAUAAAUUCUUUUAAUAUUUUC